AUGAGAGAUGCUAUGCUGAUUGGGAAUGGGCCAGGCCUUAGCUGCCCAGACGAUGCUCCCGCUGGGUUGGGAAGCUAUGCACAACUACCGGCUGCUGAGUGCUCCCUAGACGAUAAGUGUGGUGUUUUUCAUCCUUCUUACUCUGCUCAGGAAGCGCCUUUCCCGGUAGAGUGUGCGAGAUCGUCCUCAUACACACAUGCUUUUGACUCACAGAAGUGGAGUGGCCUGAGCAACAGUCACGCAAUGGGACAGCUGGAGACCUGCGACAGUGCAACUAUAGAGUCACGACUUGUGACUGCAGGGUCCUCCCUCUACUCCCCAGAGAAGCCCCAAGAGCCUUGCAGUAAAUACAAAUUGAUCCUAAGUGAGGAGCCUGUGGAGAAACGAAGGAGGUUCCAAAAUGAUAUGACACCAUCUCCUAUAGAUUACUCCAUGUCCAGUCCUUACAGGAGGGGAGAGGCCACUAUUGCCGACCUAGGAGGAGAGGACAGCCUUGAGAAAUCCAGUUCUGAGAGAAGCACACCACCAUACCUCUUACCAGAAUACCCAGAAGCAAACAAGAGCACAGGCCACAACAGGGAAGCUCCAGCACUUUGUCUAGGGUCCCAAGACCAAGACCAGGAGUCCCUGCUUUCUGAAGAAUUAGAAGAUCAGAUGCCAAUAUUGGUAGCAGAAGAAUCUAACCGGAGUAGCGAGAAUAGAGAAGUGAAUGAAGGGCCUUUUGUAGCGGUGGUCAGAGUUGCGAAGGGACUUGGAGAUUCAGGAGCUCCCAUCCAGCUAUUCCCUUUCAACUGGGAGGAGUUUGUAGGCAGAAGAAAGGCAGCAGCGGAACCUUGGAACCUGAACCCUUAUUCUCCUGUGGCCCCUGCCACAGCUACUGCAGGCAAAGGAAAAGGCUACCAGGAGAGUGGAAGUCGGAACAUGCCAAAGAUAAAGAACCAGAGAGAACUGGAAGAAUUGAAGAGAACCACAGAAAAACUGGAGCGUGUUUUGGCUGAAAGGAAUCUGUUCCAGCAAAAGGUAGAGGAGCUGGAACAGGAGAAGAAUCACUGGCAUUCUGAAUUUAAGAGAGCUCAACAUGAAUUGGUGACCUAUAGUACCCAGGAGACUGAAGGCUUAUACUGGAGCAAGAAGCACAUGGGUUAUCGCCAAGCUGAAUUCCAGAUUCUGAAAGCGGAGCUAGAAAGAACCAAAGAGGAGAAGCAAGAACUAAAAGAGAAACUGAAAGAGACAGAGACACAACUGGAAGUAUUGCAGAAGGCCCAGGUCUCCUGCCAGAACACAGAGAGAGAUGACUUAGAAAGGGCUUUGGCAAAGCUUACGCGGCUACGUAUCCACGUCAGCUAUCUCCUUACUUCUGUCCUCCCUCACUUGGAGCUUUGUGAGAUCGGGUAUGACUCAGAACAAGUGGAUGGGAUCCUGUACACAGUGCUGGAGGCAAAUCGCAUACUGGAUUGAGCACCAGACUAUAUAUCCUCUCCUAGCUUUCUCUUUUCUUUACUGCCUGUGUACUAUAUGUCUCCCCCAGCUGCUGCUGCUUCUUCUUCCCUUCUCCCUUCAUAUCCCUCCCCCAGCCUCCUUCUUUCCCUUUCACCUUUAUGCCUUAUAUUGAAAGUCUUUGAAUAAGUCCUGGUUCUUAAUCAGUGUACUUUGCAUUCAGUGUGGGUGUGAAGAAAGAGGCCCAUUAAAUAGCCUUUUAAGAGUCCAGGAACAGAAAAGCAAUAGUCACCAAGUUAGGUGACUGGAAAGCACUAAUUUUCAUGAUCUAGAUAUGUGGCCUAUUUCGUGUUCUGCUAAUGGUUCGUCUUCAUUUGGGUUAAAUCAGUCAGCAAAUGUUGGGUCCAAUUCACCUGGUGGGAAAAGUCAUGCUGCCAGCCCUGCCAGGGUUCUAACAGUCUAGCCGGAAGCACAAGUCACAGCAAGUUAGCUAACUAUAAAAGAAGGGUAUGGUGUGCCUGAGUGGUAUAGGCGUGGCAUGGAAGACAGAGGCGAGCAACUUAAAGGAAGGCAGUACACCAUAAGUGGGACCUAAUGAAGGUUAAGGAGUGAGCAUAGCAACGCUCUUAAUGACGGUUGUUGCUUAAGUGGUAGGAUUAUGGUUGAUAUUUUCCUUCUUCCUAUCUUCUUGCCCUUUUCAAAUUUUCUAUUACAUUCUCGUUGUUCUUCUUAUGUUGCAAAAUAAAUUGUUUUGAAA